CUCUUCAGUUGCCCGAGAAGUGAGAACCAGGUUACCGCUUACAGAGCUUCGCUGCCACCGCGAGCUGCAAGAUUUCUUCUUCUCCGCCGCUCUCUGUCAAUUUCCGGCGCUGGAAGACGAGAGCUUCUCGUCCUCGCACUGUUGCUGUCUCAGUGACUAGAGAGAUAACAAGAGAUGAGAGGGAUACAGUUAACAUUGAGCCAAACUCAGAAAAUUCGUCUUCAAAAGGCUCUGGAGCAGCUGGAGUCUCUGUCAUCGAAGGUGAAUUCUGAUGCUUCUGUGACCAUUGCUGACUCUAUCCCUGUGAACCAUGAAGAUGGCGUCCUUAAGGGACAUGGAACUGGCGACCUCAAUGGUGAAGUCGUUGCCACAGUCUGCGGUGUUGUUGAGCGUGUUAACAAGCUUGUCUAUGUCCGCUCCUUGCGCUCUAGGUACAAACCUGAGGUUGGUGACAUCAUUAUAGGGCGUGUUAUUGAGGUUGCUCAGAAGCGUUGGAGAUUGGAGAUAAAUUACAGUCAAGAUGCAUUUUUGAUGCUUUCUUCUAUGAAUAUGCCUGAUGGUGUCCAGAGGCGGAGGACAUCUGUAGAUGAGCUAAAUAUGCGCUGUAUUUUCGAGGAGAAGGAUGUUGUUUGUGCCGAAGUUCGUGGUUUUCAGCAUGAUGGCUUACAUCUUCAAGCAAGAAGUAAAAAAUAUGGAAAGCUUAAUAGCGGUCAACUGCUUACAGUCCCACCAUAUUUAGUGAAGAGACAAAAGCUACAUUUCCAUCAUCUAGAGCAGUAUGGUGUUGAUUUGAUACUUGGUUGUAAUGGAUUCAUAUGGGUGGGGGAACAUGUUGAAGCUAGAGAUGAGAUGGUAGAAGAUCAAGUGAACCAGUCUGAUCCCCAAGUUCCAUCCCCCAACAAAAAUUCCAGGGAUCUUGAAGAACAAGAGAAAAACUAUACAGCAUUGGAGACAAGAAAAUAUAUAUGCCGGGCUGCUAAUGCUGUUAGAGUAUUGUCGACCUUGGGCUUCGUUAUUACUGUCGAAAUCAUCAAAGGAAUUAUUGAUCUAAGCCUUUCUCUAAAUCUUGAUAUACACGACAUGCUUGGUUCUGAGUUUGGUGUUUUGGUGGCUGAAAGAGAGGUCGAAAGGAGAAGCUCCAGUAAAAGGAAACGGUAGAUUAUGAAUUUACAAGUUUUAUUACUCUUCUGCAAAGGAAAGAAAUUGUUGCAAUUGUAGGAAGUCUUCCAAUAGUGUUCGAAAUUCUGUACUGAGUGGAUAUUGUUUGCUUCGGAAUCAUUAUUAAGAUAACCUUAGACAAAAUCUGAUAGUUGAAAACUUAAGGAGCCCCCAAAUGUUGGGAGGACUUAACAGCCUUCAGUUUCAUACUUUUUCAAGGUGUUGCUAGUGUUGAACAAUGUGAUGUUGAUUUUGAUCGAAAAAGAAAAGCUUUGGUGAACAA